AUGGUAGACAGGUGCUUAAACGCUAAACCCCAAAAACGACCAAGUGCUAAAAAAUUAUAUAGGAUUUUGCAAAAGUAUACGCUCGAUUAUAGAAAUUCGAGAUCAGAAUUUUACAAACAGGUUAAAGCUAUCGAGGAAUCAAAGAAAAAGUUUCCAACUUAUGAACCAAACAAACUGACGGCAAUACAUUCUAUGGCAAUCUAUACAAGUCAUCUUUUAGAUUUUGAAAAUCUUCCUGAACCUGUUAAUACCACACCGGAAGAAAUUUAUCUUCUUGAAAUAGGAACAAAGAUCUUAGAUAAAGUAGGAAGUGUCGUUUAUCAAGUUGCAAUUAUUUGA